UAUUUACUCGAUUCAAUUGCGUAUUGCGCAUCCUGUAGUGGGUAAAGAUAACCACGCGUCUCUUCAUGAGAAUACCGGAAAUAAAACCGGCUCCGAAACUCGAAUGCUCGAUAGUGUUUGAUGUUUGAUUUUUGAUUUUGAUAUGUAGUUAGGAUAUCAUAGAAGAAAUCUCAUGUUUUGUUACAUGUUGUGAAAAUUUUGUCCGAAUAGUUCGAGUUCGGUUUGCAAAGGUAUUGUGCCUUUAAAUAGCUAGUUACAUACUGUAUUUUCUAAAUGGAUUAAAAGUUAUCACUGGGUUUUCAUCAGUUCCUUUUGAAAAUUGGCGAACUUGAAAUGGAAUCCGACCAGUCGCAAGAAUCCUUCCCAGAUUUCCAUUUCAUUCCCCGGACUCUGCAGGAUAUAGCGGCAUCAAAAUACGCGUUCAUUACCUGGUGUAAUUCCAGCGACCUUCCGCUCAUCCUCCCAGCGAGUAUUCGAUCGAUGAUCAAUGAUAAGAUCCAAUCAAUUAGUAAAGAGAUCAAAAAAUGGAUUCACGAUUCUAGAUUGUUCAUAGGCGAGAAACCACCUCCUGAAGUUAUGAUCAACUUUGUAGCUUUCGAUUCCGCUGGCGGUAUUUGCUCUAGAAGAACAAUCAAAAAUUUACUCAUGUCGAAUUUGCGCCGAUUCGAUUUAGAGAGAAAGUUCGAAAUCGCUUGUUCGUAUUGCAUCGAGGAGUAUAUUGAACAUUUGUGGCCGUCGGUCAAAGAUGAUAAGCGAUUCCGUAAACGCAGUUUUAGCGUCCCUGAUCAUUAUCAGCGCGUCGAUUUGAUGGAUUAUUGGUGUUCUCGUAUGAGAGGCGAAUUGAAGAAAGGUUACGGACCGGAACAAAAAUCGCCUGAAUGGUAUACGCUUUCCAGCCUGCUUUCUGACAUUGAGUUUUAUGUGAGAAACUGGUUAGAAAUCGAGUACUUUUGGAGUAAGUUGAACACGCAAGAAAAAAGUUCCCUCCUAGACAAAAUUUGGAUUGCGCAAGAAAAAUGUCACUUCGAAUACGAAAGAUGGAUGAAGGAAGAUCCUACAAAACACACAUCUCGUUUAAUAAUAAUGAACUCGAAUGAUACGGUGCUGAAAAAUUUCGUGAGAUCAAAAUGGUUUCUAUUUAUUGUAUAUUUUGCCAUAGAUGACGUCUACUGCCAGUAUGCUUUACAGCUUUGGAACUACGGAAAGAAUUCAAUCGUUGAGGGUGCCACGUUUUCGUACGAAAUUUUAUUGCCGUUAUCGAAAGUGGCUUAUAAGUGCGAAUAUUCGAGGUAUGCAGCGAUCAUACUCAAAGAAAUAUGGCUUUCUGCUCCUGAUCAUUUGAAAGAUUACAUUACUUCGGAAGAGGACGACGAUCAUGUUGUGAAUUUGUUCGCAGCAUGUUUAGAUAAUGCGUAUGGUCCCCUUUUUGGUCGCGAUUUUGGUUUCUUGAUCGAACUACUAAAAGAUGCUAACUAUGGAAUUGGGCAAAAAAUGUGGCGCGAAUGGUGGCUAACUUUGACUCGUCUCGCCAAGACCUCAGAUCUGCAUGAAUUGAUGCCGUUGUGUUUUAACAAUGUAAACGAUGUUGUCAAGUUUAAAACAAACGAAAUGUUAGAUUACGGAUUAAUGCGACAUAAUUUCGCGGAUUUCUUGAAAUCGGAAUUGUUCGAAGAGCUGUCCGAGUACCUGAUGUUUUGUUGUUCGGAUGCUGACGACGAUAAACAAGCACGUAUUGUAAGAACAAGAAUAAUUAAUCGAAACUUGAGCUGGAUCAUUGGGCGUAAGUCUGAUUUCUAUUUAAGUAAAUGUUUUCAAUUUUUCGAUGGUUGUUUUACAUUGGAAGAAGCAGCCGAAUUGCUAGAAUGUCACCUUCCUGAUAAAGAGACCGGUCUGUUGUCAUUUUGGAUUUCAUUCAGCUGUUUUGAAAUAUUCGACAGAUUACUGCGUUGUUUGAAGUUUCCUGAUCAACGAUUGAUGGAAUUGAAGCGAUUUUUCAAGGAAAGAGUCCGGCAUGUUUUGACGUUCGGUAAUUUCAAAGCAUUAUCCGUGGACGAUUGGGAUAAAUUUCUGAAAUGGUGUGACUUUAGUCCAAAAGAAUUAUCUGAAUUGAGAUGUAACAUUCGGAUGGAUAAUCUGUUCGAAAAUUUUCUGAUCAAUAUGUACAAAUUUUGGGUGGCUUGGCAGAAGUGCCCUGAUUCUUUUGUCGCUGUGUGUUUUGAAGAAAUUGGUUUUCAUUCGAUCGAAGGAUUUUUACGUUGGUAUUUUGGAAGUGAACAAGCUGCGCAGGAGUAUAAAUCGCGUAAAAGGAAUGAUCACCGGAAUAGCGAGGCGAUGAAAUUGUUUUUGAAAGCAGAUAAAAAGGAUCGAUUAUAUUUUGAUUGUUGGUUUACCCAGUUGUAGUUCGUGAGCUGUCUCGUCUGCUAAUUAUUUUGAUAAAGUAAGUACGGAUGUACGGAAUUGAUAUAAAUUUGAAAAACGAUGUAAAAGUAAAAUAAGUGUCGUUGAUAUGUGGCUACAAUUUUUUUUUGUCAUUGAGAUAUUCAAUUUAUUGAGAUAUUGUUCAUGUUCAGAUCAUUUUUUAGUAGGUAGAAUUUUCUUGUGUUUUUUGAAUCUACCAAUUUCUGUAAUUUUUUCAGCAUUUUUUUUCAUUGUUGUUUUUUUUCUAAAUUCAAAAAGAAUCUGCAACAUUUAAAAUAAUUAUUUUAGUUUUUCGCAAUUUGAAUCAAUUUAUUUGUAUCUAUGAUUGUAUUUUUAUUUUGUUGUAUCAUUUCGUAGGCUGCCUUACAUUUGUUUGAAUACAUAGAUAGGUUAGGUAUAAUAUUUUGAAUUUAUUAUCGCGAUUUGUUUUCAACGCAGAUACGUACAUAAUUUUUAAGGUUGUAAAAUAUUGCUGAAGGAGCAGAAUUUUUGGAUUUAUCGUAAAUAAAUUUAUAUGGUUUCAA